AGACGCCCCAUCUCCAAAGCGUGGCCACUAUCCUAGAACGAUACUAAUGAGCGUCGACGGGCGGCUUUGCAAGACGCACCCCCGCCGCCUCCAGCAGUGCCGCAUCAACCAGCAAAAGUACCGCGCGCAGGCGACCGCGACCAUGGAGCGCCUCCACAAUCAAGUGCAAUCGCUUCUGACUGAAACCGCGCGGCUCCAGGGGCGGCUCGAGUGCCUCCACUCUGCGCCCUCGCGCGGCACCGUCGUCGCCCGCGCGUACUUUGCAGCGUUUCGGCACGGCCUCGGUGGCGCCUCUGCCUUUGUCCAAACGCGCAUGAGCCCGACGCUGCGCUUUCAAGGCAGCGGGGACCUCGCAGCCUUCGUGGACCAUUGGCGCGACUUUGCGCAGCUCGAGAUGACGGCGCACGCCAUCGAGUCGGCCUUUCUCGACGAGACAAACGGCGAGCUCUUGCAUUGUACGGGGCAGCUGCGGCUGCACCUCGACGCCAAGAGCAUGCGUGACUUCUUCCCUACCGUGCUGCCAGCCAGCGCCGCCUACACUUCGCUCGUGACGGCGACGCUCGAGCUACCGCUGGUCGUGCGCUUGAUCGUUCAAGACGAUGUCGUGACCGCCGUCGACGUUGAUGUAAGCUGGGCAUCCUGUGUCGUGCGGCGCCUGGCCUCGGCGGCGGAAGCGGCCAAUGUCCUCGUCGACACCGUGCGGCCAUGAGAUGUCACUCUGCAAUUCGCUUUCUUUAUUCGAGCAAUUUGAACGACCCAACUAGCUUGCACCAAGAUCCGUCCACUUCAUCCACGUAUAUAGUAUCUCCUCUUCUCAAACCGUGUGCUGGCUUGUUGCCCCACAACCUGGGGCACGAUACCAUGCUCGUCUCCGUGUGUUGCGGAAAUGCAGAUCUACC